AUGAAACUGAAACUUAUCUCUUCAGAAGAAUAUUUUCUCUCCAGGAGUCAGAGUUUCUUCUUCGUCUUGACUUUGACAGAAAAACCCUAAAAGAUACUCAGAAAUGUCUGCCGCCAGCUGCAUGCUAUCUGAGGAGCAGUUUCUGUGCUCCAUCUGUCUGGAUGUGUUCACUGAUCCAGUCUCCAUACCAUGUGGACACAACUUCUGCAAGAGCUGCAUCACUCAUCACUGGGAUGUUAAUGCCCCGUGUCAGUGUCCGUUGUGUUCAAAGGUUUUUAACAGUAGACCUGAGCUUCACGUCAACACGUUCAUAUCAGAGAUGGCUGCUCAGUUCAGACAGUCGGCUGUGAAGAAAAGCAGCAGAAUGUCUCUGAAGAAAAACACCAACUCUGGAGAGGUUCUGUGUGACGUCUGCACUGAAUCCAAACUGAAGGCUCUAAAGUCCUGCCUGGUGUGUCUGACCUCCUACUGUGAGACUCACCUGGAGCCUCAUCACAGAAUCUCAGGCCUGAAGAGACACGAGCUGAUUGAUCCUGUGGAGAACCUGGAGGACAGAAUCUGUAAGCGUCACGGCAGACCUCUGGAGAUGUUCUGCAAGACGGAUCAGAGGUGUGUUUGUCAGUUCUGCACUGAGUCGGAACACAAGCAACAUGUCUUUGUUCCCAUGAUGGAAGAGUACAAGGUAAAGAGGGACAAACUGGUGAAGUUAGACGCCGAAAUUCAGCAGAAGAUUCAGGAGAGACAUCUGAAGAUUCAGAAGAUGAAGGAUUCAGUGGAGCUCAGCAGGGCAGAUACUGACCGGGAGACAGCGGCCAGCAUGCAGGUCUUCACCGCUCUGAUCCAGUCUGUCGAGGAAGGCCUGGCUCAGCUUCUUGACUUAAUUGAAGAGGAGCACAACAAAACAGAGAAACAGGCUGAAGGCUUCAUCAAAGAGCUGGAAGAUGAAAUCUCUGAGCUGAUGAAGAGAAGCGCUGAAGUGGAGCAGCUCUCACGCACUGAAGACCACCUCCAGUUCCUCCAAAACCUCCCAUCCCUGAACCCUGCUCCACCCACCCACGUCUGGACGGAGGUCAGAGUUCGCUCAUCGCAUGAGGGCACUGUGAGGAGCGCUGUGGCUCAGCAGGCGGGCACACUUAGUGAGAAGAUGAGGAAGAUGUGUGCUGAUGUGGAUCUGAAGAGAGUCCAGCAGUAUGCAGUGGGUGUCACUCUGGAUCCUGACACUGCAAGUCCUUAUCUCAUCCUGUCUGACGAUCAGAAACGAGUCAAAUCUGUGGAGACACAGCAGAUUCUCCCAGACUACCCGCAGAGAUUCACCACUUGUAACGGCGUUUUGGGAAAGCAGAGUUUCUCCUCGGGAAGAUCUUACUACGAAGUGCUGGUUAAAGAGAAGACUGACUGGGAUGUAGGAGUGGCCGGUGAAUCGAUCAUCAGGAAGGGAAAAGUCAGACUGUCACCUAAGAACGGCUUCUGGACUGUGUGGUUGAGGAACGGAAAAGAGUACAAAGCUCUCGCUGGUCCUGGUGUCCUUCUCUCCCUGAAAUCGAAGCCUCAGAAGGUGGGCGUGUUUGUGGAUUAUGAGGGGGGUGUGGUCUCUUUUUAUGACGCGGAUGCAGCAGCUCUCAUCUACUCGUUCACCGGCUGUAACUUCACUGAGAAACUGUACCCGUACUUCAGCCCCUGUAGUGUUUGCGGUGGCGCCAAUGCUGCCCCCCUGAUCCUUCCUCCUCUGACCACACAAAGCCUCAUUUGAUGCCUCAGUCCUCCUGAAAUUCUCCAGAGUAAUAAAGAUGUGAAAACAGCUUAUUACAAUGCAUUGCAAGCCACAAGGAAUGUCACAAAACCAGAUUUUGAUAUGGUACUAAACCAAAUCAAUGGUGAUGCCUUUCCAUGACCUACGAGCUCUGGUCGCCGGGUAGAUGUCAGAAGAAAUGAUUCACAGCACACAUGCUGCAGAAACAGAUUUAUUGAAAUUUUUCACUGCACCCACUAUGAAAACUAUAAUACUUGCGUUGGAUUGCUGGUUUCAGUUUGUCUAUGUUGUAUCUGUCCCUAUCAGAUAAACCAUAACACAAAAUAAAUACAUAAUCUUAGAGCUAGCCAUGCAGCCAACUAGCGGCUUAAAAUGAAAGUUCCAAGCUGAAAUACUUUUUACAUAUUGGCAAAGAAUGUAAUGAACGUUUGCAUUUUGUUGUUGUGUUAUAUUUACAGAUUGACGGUUGCGCUAGCUUGAUGCUAGCUCAUCAAACGGAGCUCGGGCUGGAAGCACGUCCCGUGACCCGUAGUUUAGUAUGUUGCUAGCGGCAUGCUAACGGUCAGGUUAAGCAGUUUAUACAUUUUGAGUAUGUAGUAGGCAGUUUGUAGUUUGUGGUUUCGGACACAGCCUAAUACAAGUUCGGCAUUAAAAUGUGCUUUUAUAAACAUUUAACAGUUUUUUUCUGGUUAAAUAUCAGAUGAGUUUUAACUCCAUGCUCAGAAAUGUAUUCUGGUCUUAAUGUUUUUUUUUUUUAUAACUGUCGCCUAUAAUGUUGGCGUUUUGUCUUCAUGUUUGACCUUUGUUAGGGAUAGAAUCUGACUUCCUCGUCUUGAUGGUUUCAUUUCCUUUUUUUUCCUUUUCCAGUGCUUUAUGUGAUGAAUCAAACUAAGAAAUUGGGACAAGUAA